AUCCGGCAAUCAGGGAUGGAAGGAUGAGGAGUGCGUUAGAUACUGGCAAACGGCAGUGCAGGUGUCAGAGACAGGCAGACACAAGACGGAUGGCAGACGGGGACCUGAUCGACCGUGCAGCGAUGACGUAGAAUGGCGGGGCAGCUUUGUCUUUGGAGCUUCCAUUGCAACAAGCUCUCAGCAAGCUCUCCCCCUGCCUUUGGUCGCCAACCAUCAUCAUCAUGCAAUUGCAACGCAAUGCACGGUGGGGUCUUUUUGUUUGGUCGUACAGACAUAUAAGGAACGCAUCGGUCACACUUCAGAUCUUUUUGUAGAACAUCAUCACUUCCAAUCCAUUCAAGCCACUCUUCUACUACAACCAAGAGAACAUCUCUCUCCAACCAACACGACAAACCACAAAACCACACCCGCAAAACACCAAUCCCAUCAAAACCAUCAAAAUGGCCACCAACCCCAACGAGCCCGGUGCCCCCCUCUACUCCCAGGCCGUCUCCCAAGACGCCGGUGAGCCCGUCACUGCCGAGCAGAUCGAGAAGGCCCCCAAGACCCUCGCCUCCCUCGAGAAGGAGAAGAGCACCGAGAAGAAGGAUACCCAGCAGACCGAGAGCAAGAAGGGCACAUCCGACGACUCCUCUGAGCAAAAAGAAAAGUCCCCCGGCCUCCUCUCGAGCGCCACCAGCACCGUCACCGGCGCCGUCGGCAGCGUAGCCAGCGGCGUCACCAACACGGUCGGAAACACCACGUCUUCCGUCGCCAACACGGUUGGCGGCGUCGUCGGCGCUGCCUCGCGCGGCCUCGGCGAGACCAUCACCAGCGUCACGGGCGGCCUCGGCAAGCCUGUUGGCGAGACCAUUGCCAAUGUCGGCACCAGCUUCGAGGGCGCCGUGAGGGGCAAGAGCGAGGAGAAGGACGAGAAGGAGACCAGCGACAAGAAGAAGGAGGACAAGUAAAGGAUACCCCAGUGGUGGAUGUUUUCUUAUUUCGCAUAAGGAGUUUGUUCGUUGUUUUAGGGGUGCAUGCAUGAAUGAAUUUGGGAAAGCAUUUUUUGUCGCGAAGGACAUUCAUGGAGUUUUCACGAGCCGGAUCACUACAGUACGGGAAGCAUGUUUCAGUCCGUUAGUCGAGGAUUCGCAUUUGGGUUUUAGUUCUCCCAUGGAGACUUGUGUAUGUUGAUAAGAUGCAAUGACACGAUACCCCCUUGAAACGCUUGA